GUCUGGAGAUCGCGGGCAGCGCGGAGCCAGAGGAAGCGAGCAGCCGCCGGGUCUGAAGCCCGGAACCCACAGCCGGGAACCCGCAGCCGGGAGUCCAGAGGCGAGCAGCGCCCAGAGCCCCGGGCGGGCGGCGCAGCCCGGUCCGGUCCGGUCCCGGUCCAGCGCUCCCCGGCUGGACGGCGCGCCCCUCAGCUCGGCACCCUCCCGGCCGGCUACUCUUCGUGUGUCGCCGCCGGAGGCGCUCCCGCCCUCAGCCCGACUUCGCGCACCGGAGACCGAGACAAAGCCGGGACCCGGCUGCCCACCAUGCGCCUCAACAGCUCCGCGCCUGGCACCCCCGGAGCGCAGGGCGCCCAGCCCUUCCCGCCGCCGCAGACCGGGCUGGAGGAGGCGCUCCUGGCCCCGGGCUUCGCUAACGGCUCUGGCAACGCGUCGGAGCCCACCCUGGAAGCGCCCGGCAGCGAGCUGGACGUGAACACCGACAUCUACUCCAAGGUGCUGGUGACCGCGGUGUAUCUGGCGCUCUUCGUGGUGGGCACGGUGGGCAACGCGGUGACUGCUUUCACACUGGCGCGCAAGAAGUCGCUGCAGAGCCUGCAGAGCACGGUGCACUACCACCUGGGCAGCCUGGCGCUGUCCGACCUGCUCAUCCUGCUGCUCGCCAUGCCGGUGGAGCUGUACAACUUCAUUUGGGUGCACCACCCCUGGGCCUUCGGGGACGCGGGCUGCCGCGGCUACUACUUCCUGCGGGAUGCCUGCACCUACGCCACGGCCCUCAACGUGGCCAGCCUGAGCGUGGAGCGCUACCUGGCCAUCUGCCACCCCUUCAAGGCCAAGACGCUCAUGUCCCGCAGCCGCACCAAGAAGUUCAUCAGUGCCAUCUGGCUGGCCUCGGGGCUGCUGGCCGUGCCCAUGCUCUUCACCAUGGGCCAGCAGAACCGCAGCGCGGACGGCCAGCACCCCGGGGGUCUGGUGUGCACACCCACCGUGGACACGGCCACCGUCAAGGUCGUCAUCCAGGUCAACACCUUCAUGUCCUUCGUGUUCCCCAUGGUGGUCAUCUCCGUCCUGAACACCAUCAUUGCGAACAAGCUGACCGUCAUGGUGCGCCAGGCUGCGGAGCAGGGGACGCAGCCCGGCACGUUCAGCAUGUCCAUCGAGCCUGGCAGGAUCCAGGCCCUGCGCCACGGCGUCCGCGUCCUCCGCGCCGUGGUCAUUGCCUUCGUGGUCUGCUGGCUGCCCUACCACGUGCGCCGCCUCAUGUUCUGCUACAUCUCGGAUGAGCAGUGGACACCGUUCCUCUACGACUUCUACCACUACUUCUACAUGCUGACCAACACGCUCUUCUACGUCAGCUCCACCAUCAACCCCGUGCUGUACAACCUCGUCUCCGCCAACUUCCGCCAGAUCUUCCUGUCCACCCUGGCCUGCCUCUGUCCUGCCUGGCGGCGCCGGAGGAAGAGGCCGGUGUUCUCUCGGAAGACCAACAGCGUGUCCAGCAACCACGGCUUCUCCAGCAGCGCCACCCGGGAGACGCUGUACUAAGACCCACGGGCCCGAGAGGCCACGGAGGCCACAGAGGCAACAGGGUGGCGGCUCAGCCUCCCAGGCCUGGCCCUCGCCUCAGCCAGAGGCCCUUUCUCCUCCACUUCUUCCCGCAGCCCAGCCCUCUCCUCUCCUUCACCCCCCGCCCCCCUCCCGCUCAACACCGGAACGCAGAGCCUGUUCCUUUCCUGGAUCCCAGGCGGCCUUGGAUUCGGGCUCAGAGAACUGCGGCUUUCUCUGUUCCCAGACUAAUGGACUUUUAGAGAGAAAAAGGAGGUGAAAGGAGUGUCCUGGGCUGGGUUCAGGGCAGCCCCUCCACAGCCCCCCUGGAGAAUUCCGCUGUCCGCCCGCCCAGCUCCAUUUUCGCCAGAGGCUGCAGGCCCCACCCACCUCCCGCCCCUGGCCCAGCUCAGGCGAAUCCAGCCCCAGGCCCGGGCACUGUGGUUCUGGGCCUCCUACCCAACUCUUCUAUGCGGGCAUCCCAGGAGCCCUGGAACUGCUCCAGGCCUGGGCCCGUGCUGAGGGUGAGAGCACUCCUCCCCUGCCCUCGCCCUGGGGUGUCUGUGGCCCACAGAGGUGAUCGAGGCUCCCACCCGCACAGAAAGGACAAAAGGCCCUGACCUGUGAGAGCCUAGACCUGGGCCGCCCCCCAACCCGGCCUUGCCCAGGCCAAGACCCAAGACGCCCUGUGUGGACAUGAGGCGGAAGGACACUGGAGCUGGGGCCCUGUGGAGCGGCAGAGCAGGGGAACCUCUUCCCCAGCCCAGGCGGCCGUGGCCGGGCUGGCUGAUCCCCCAGCACACAGUGGCAGCCAGCGGAGCCGAGCUGGCCUGGGGGUGGGGCUCUGACAAGGGGUCACAUGGGCCGGCUGGCAGGACCCGGGCAGGAGCAGGUAGAAAGCUGGGACCGAGUGUGCGGCACCCCAGCUGGCGGCCGCUCCAGGCCGGGACAGGUUCAUUUGUCAGCAGCCGCCAGGCAGCUGCCCUGACCCCCAGCUCCAGACGCCGGGAAAGCAGGCGCCUCCGCGGUCUCCGGGAGCUGUCUCCAAACAGGACGGGACCUGCCCAGGCGCCCUGCAGAGACAGGCAGGGGCUGCAGUAACAGAACAGACCCAGAAAGCACGACCUGGCCUUAAGAGGAGGUUUUAUGGUCUUAGGGCCCCACCUGCCCAGGAGGAAACCCAAGCACGGGCAGGCAGCCUGCAGAGACAGCACUGGCCUGGGAGGCAGAGCCAGUCCCGUCUGGGGCAGCCCUGUUCCCUCUGGACUGUGAAAUGCUGAGCUACAGACCAGGUUAUGAGUGAGUGGCCACCCAGACCUGGCCACCCUGCCAUGGGUGGGUGUGGUACUCAAAGCCACAAAAUCCCUCUGAGAGCCACAUGAACCUUCAGGUCACCAGGGCGGGGCCAGUGCAAGCCAGGCCCAUUUGCUGACCCCAAGGAGGACCUUCACCUUGACCUCCACAGGGCCUGCAGAGGUCAGUGUGGUGCCCCUGCUUGGGGCUGGGCUCAGAGUUCAGCAAAUCCAAAGGCCUGAGGCUGGGUGUGGGCAUCAGAGUCUGAAGCAGCACUGAACUUGGAACCGGAUGCUCCAGCCCCAGAGCCCUGCCUGCCUGGGCUCUCCAGACUGUGGGGCCAUGAUUCCGCCUAGCCUCAGUGUCUCCAUCUCAGACACAAGCACAGCCAUUUUACUCUUGUCUGGUCGGGGCUGUCCUGGAGACUGUGGCCCGGAAUGGAAGGAAGGGACAAACCCUGAGGGGCCUCCGAUGCUGACGGCACAGGUCUGCAGGGGGAGUGAGCUGCAGCCUGCGUUCUCGUCCUGCUGUCUUUACACUCGUGUCCUUGUGCGUGGUGUAGAAAGGGGCACAUGGGCCCUCACUCUGGGCCUCACUCUUGGCCUGUCACAGUGGCGCUCUGAGGGCUUAGCCCCGUGUGCCGAGAGUUCAUGCCCCAGGGAGUGCAGAGUCCCAGGAGCCCAGAUGUGGUGGCAACUCCCAUCGUGUGCCUCAGACAUCCCUCCGUGUGCACCCCGCUCCGUGCUGCAACCAGAGUGCAAACCCCCCUAUCUCUCAAUAAAGGAGCCUGUGGACCCCCGGCUUGGACUCUUACGUAAGGGCCUAGGAGCAGCCAUCUUUCCUCUCAUUCAUUCAUUCAUUCAGACAGGGCCUGCAGCAGUGGACAGCUGUCCACUCACCUCUCUUGUCAAACCACACAGGCAUGGGUCCCAUCUCCCUAGGCCCCCGCCUCCCUCUGCUC